AUGGCUAAGAAGAAGAAGGCCGCCGCCAACCCUGCUCGAGGAUUCGCGACAACCUCGAUUGCCUCCAAACCCAGACCAGAACCGACAGCUGAGAACCCCGCGUUGUCGCAGACUGCUGCCCCUCCAUCGAACAAAGACGGUGCCCCACCAAAGACGACGGCCACGACCGCGACGGAGGCUGCCGCUGUCCCGAGGAGCAGACAGUCCGAGAAGAAGCCUCUGAGCCCCGAAGAGUUCGAAAAUCAGUUGUUGGAAUCUGAGCUGCAGCUUCUUGUGGAAAAGCAUGCGCAGAAAAUCAAGCGCGAUGCCCAACGGCAACGGUCCCGUCUAGAGACCGACCGGCGUUUGCUACGGGCUAAUGCUGACUCCAUCAACAGCAUAAAAUGGCUCCCCGACUGCCUGGUCAACCAUAUUCUUGAGAUUAUAAAGGCCGAGAGCCGGUUCGCUGCUUCGGGCGUAUCUCUUGAAUCUUCUGGGGGCGGCAAAAUGCCGCCGGAGGAGGAUCUCAUCACGCGCGCGUGGACCUUGCAGUUGGCUCUCACAGGCACCGGAUUUGCCGAUAGCAGAGUGCGAGCUGCGGUGAAGCACAUUGUGGACAUCGCCCCCAACAUUUCUUCUACUGGGAAGGAUUUUAUCUGGGGCUUGGAGGAGGCGCUUGAGUGGCUUGCUCGCGAGUGCGACUCUUCAGAGCUCCCAGCGUACGAAAACAGGCCAGGACCUGUUGUCAAGGAAGCCCAAGCUAACACCUGUAUCUCGUUAGAAUCACCAACCGAUACCCCAGGGUCUACGCGGUCCAACACUCCCCGCCCUCCAGAACUUCAAGGCAACGGACGUGCCAAGGCCGGGGGGAAGGGCCAAGUUGGGAAAAACAAGGCACCAGCUACAAAGAAGAUUUCUGUCACAUGCGACAGCGACAUUGAACCAGACAACUUGGCUCCGGAGUACCUUGCGACCAAGAAAAAGCUGCUUGAGCUAGAGCGAGGCGUGGCGCCGGAGACUUCCGCAGACGACAAGGACCUCGCCAUUGCAAAAGCCGAAGCGAGGAUCAAACGGAUUGAGAAUGACGUUUUAUUUGACAAGUUCAGUGUUGAACAAGAGUGGAAGAAACAGAGAAUCGCAGUGGAAAAGGAAAUUGGAGAAGCCAAGAAGCAGGCCAAGAACAAUGAGCCAGACCCCGUGUCACCGUCUCCUGAUGAAACUGAGGACAAAGGGCCCAAUGAUGAAAUUAGCGAAGAGGCGAAGCGCAUCGCUGCCGAAAUCCUAGCGGAUAAUGACGACGAUGACGAUCUCGCUGGUCUGUUUGACUCUCUACCCCAGAAUGAGGUUGACGAGGCAACUGGCGAAGCCCGUACGGUUGUGACCUCGUCCAACGGAGUCAAGGUUCUCAUCAAGGAUUUCGGGCAGUGGACUGGUGUGAGCCCCCGGAGGGUCCUCGAAGAGACCUGUCGAUCAAGGGAUGGGUCAGUCAAGAUCAACUACGCAAUUAUAUCCGAGGCCUCAUUCGCCAACCGCCAUGCUGUCGACAUCUUUUGGACGAAACCCCAGGAGGUGCCCGUUGUGAUUCCUGGAUCAGAUAUUGAGAUAAUUGCUGAGCCCUCUCGAUUCACAUUCACCAUGAAUAGCAUUGCAACUCCAGAUGCCAAACAAUCCGAGGCUUAUAUCGCCACAACGGCUCUAUUUUACAUCUUCAGCGGAAAUACUCGCGAAGAGAAAGUUUCUCUUAGGCUCCCGCCUGCCUGGAGAGACCUGUUCUCCGAACUUGGGAAAGCCAAGAAGAACCACCUUGAUUCUCAAGACCGGGAUGUAGUCAAGUACCUGAGGACUCUUAAAUCCCGUACCCAACUCCCGAUGUGGGGUUUCAGAGAUCAAGUUCUCCGAGCGGUCGAUGAGAACCAGGUGGUUAUCAUCUGUGCGUUCCUGCUAGAACACCAACUUUCACAAGGCAAACCUUGCAAAGUAUACUGUACAGAACCAAGGCGAAUCUCAGCUCUUUCGCUGGCACGUCGUGUAAGCGAAGAGCUUGGUGAGAAUCGCAAUGAUCUUGGCACCAACAGAUCUCUAGUGGGGUACUCAAUCCGCCUCGAGGCAAAUGUCUCCAAGGAGACACGUCUUGUGUACGCCACUACUGGUAUCGUCAUGAGGAUGCUCGAAGGCUCCAACGACUUACAGGAAGUCACACAUCUGGUUCUGGAUGAGGUGCACGAGCGUUCGAUUGACAGCGAUUUCCUUCUUAUUGUCCUUAAACGACUUUUGCAAAGGAGGAAUGAUCUGAAGGUUGUCCUCAUGUCGGCCACCGUCGACGCUGAGCGGUUCUCUGCUUAUUUGGGAGGCGCGCCCGUUCUAAACGUUCCCGGUCGCACAUUUCCUGUGGAGGUUCGCUAUCUCGAGGAUGCUUUGGAGCUUACUGGCUACCAGCCGACGGACACGCCGGCAGACAAGCUUGUAGAGCUGGACGACGAUUUGGCUGAAGGUGACACUGAAAGGCCCCAGAGCGAGACAUCGAAGAGUCUUGCUAAAUACUCGCCAUCUACAAGAAGCGCACUGGCUCAGAUUGAUGAAUAUCGCAUAGAGCCGGAUUUGGUCCUGCAGCUCAUUGCCAAGAUUUCUUCAGACAACAACCUGCAGGACUACAGCAAGGCCAUACUCGUGUUCCUUCCAGGUAUCGCCGAAAUCAGGGCGCUUAACGACCUUUUGCUCGGUGAUCCUCGCUUCUCCAGGGACUGGCUUGUCUACCCCCUGCACUCUACUAUUGCCACAGAGGACCAAGAAGCCGCUUUCUUGGUACCACCGCCAGGAACGCGCAAGGUUGUCCUAGCUACCAACAUUGCUGAGACAGGUAUUACGAUCCCCGAUGUGACCUGCGUCAUCGACACAGGAAAGCACAGGGAGAUGCGCUAUGAUGAGAGGAGACAGCUUUCUAGACUCAUUGACACCUUCAUCUCGAGGGCCAAUGCGAAGCAGAGGCGUGGCCGUGCAGGCCGUGUUCAGCAGGGAUUGUGUUUCCACAUGUUCACCAAGUACCGCCACGACAACUUAAUGAACGACCAGCAGACUCCAGAAAUGCUUCGCCUGUCCCUUCAGGACCUAGCCAUCAGGGUCAAGAUCUGCAAGAUUGGAGGCAUCGAGGACACUCUGGGUGAUGCCCUUGACCCUCCGUCCACAAAGAAUAUCCGUCGUGCUAUCGAUGCUUUGAUUGACGUCCGAGCCCUGACAGCCGGCGAAGACCUGACACCUCUUGGCCAUCAACUUGCUCGACUCCCUUUGGAUGUGUUCCUGGGAAAACUCAUCCUCCUGGGGACGGUGUUCAAAUGUCUGGACGUCACACUCACCGUUGCCGCCAUCCUGUCUUCCAAGUCUCCCUUCUCGGCCCCCUUUGGGCAGCGGGCGCAGGCGCAGAAUGCUAAGAUGCUCUUUCGCCGUGGCGACUCGGACCUCCUGACCGUUUACAAUGCCUAUUUGGCAUGGAAGCGCGUCUGCCAAGCCAACAGUGGGUCGGGCAAGGAGUCCCAGUUCUGCCGCAAGAACUUCCUCAGCCAACCGACACUGGCCAAUAUUGAGGACCUCAAGGGCCAGCUCCUGGUCUCACUAGCAGACUCCGGGUUCCUUCCUCUCACAGAGGAAGAGCGUCAGACACUGUCCCGUCUACGAUUUGCUCAUGGUGGACGUGGGAGGAAGCAGCAGCAGUUUUUCGAGGUACCGCACAGGGUCAACCUCAACAGUGACAACGACGUUAUAUCGUCGUCCAUCAUUGCGUGGAGCUUCUACCCCAGGCUAUUAGUAAGAGAUGCGCCUGGAACCAGGGGGCUGCGUAAUAUUGGCAACAACCAGUCGAUCAGCUUGCACCCGUCGUCGGUGAAUCGCAAUCAACUCGACAUCAAGUGGAUGUCAUACUACCACAUCAUGCAAGCCAAGACAGUGUACCAUGCUCACGAGGCGACUAGCGUUGAGCCCUUUUCCAUAGCCCUACUCUGCGGUGAUAUGUUCUCCGGUGUCAUUAUCCUUGACGGAAACCGCGGACGCUUCGCUCUCCCUGACUGGAAAACGAUGCUCGUCGUCAAGGUUCUUCGCACUCGCCUCCGCGAGCUCCUAACACGUUCGUUCAAGCAGCCGGGCAAGCUUCUCACUGCGCAGCAGGAAAAGUGGCUCGAGGUGUGGCAGCGACUGUAUACGCAGGAGUUUACGCAGGACCAUAACAAGGCUUAG